AUGGUUUCCGUCCGACAGCUUCUCCAGGGAGCCAUGACACUUGGCCUCGCGGGCUCGUGUCUUGGUGCCUCUCUCUAUGACCAGCCUAUCCUGAAGUCGAACAGCCAUACUUCCAGCAGGCAUUCAAUUUCGUCCAAUUCGGAUGACCCAGCGUGUAGCGACGUAUUCCACGCGACGAUGCACGUUGCUCAGAAUGCCACCGCUGGAGAUAAGUCUCUUCCAGUUGUGCAUCGAAGUGGCCGCCUGUACGCCAUGAAGGACAAAGACCCUACGCAGUGGACGUUCGAGAGAAAGGACGACGGUUAUAUCAUCUACAACGUGCACCCGUCCGGUACCAAGCACUACUGGAGCUUCAGUUACGACAACACCAUCGGCAUAACCAACUAUGAGUAUGAGGCCAAGAAGGCCUACAUAGUCCGGGGCGACGAGGAAGACUCCCCUUUUGGAAAAAUCACCAUUUCCUGGGACGAUAGAUGCAUUGUCGUUCCCGCUGAUGAAUCCGAUCCCUUCCAGAUGCUCCAGCUGUCGGCAUGCGACCCCGUCAUCUUGGAAGUCACAGAGCCUAUAGUCUGGAGAAAUCCGAGCGACCUCUGCAAGUCUCAAGAGAGUGGAGUGCACGCACAAGAUAGUAAUUGUUGUGCCAGUCCAAGGUGUGCGCAGACACCCAAGUACCUAGGUAUGUUGGACGUUUACUACUACUACUACUACUACUACUACUAUUACUAUUACUACUAUUACUACUACUGUGAUAAUAUGGGCCAACAGAAAGACUGUCACUGGUAG